AUGCACAAGUACCAACCCAAGGACCUCACCGCCGCCCGCCUGUCUGUGGCUGUUGCUGCCGAGAUGAAGCAGUGGGUCAAACUCACGAAGGCGGCGGCGCAGGCCGACGACACAAAGAUCGACUUGAAGUCCUCAGGCAGGGUCGAGGACCUUUGUGCUCGGCUUGCCGAGUUCUUCGGGAUUGACUUAAAGGCACCCAUCAUUCCCUUGCACCUGUCGGGUGGUGUCUCCGUCAAGAAAGAAGGCAACAUCGACGCCGCCAUUCGUGCUAAGCAGUGGGAGGACUGGCACGCGCUAGGUGACGAGUGGGUCGCGGCAGUCGACCAGAAGAUCCCUUUUCGCCUGCAAGAAUUGAAUCAAGACAUUCCCAUCGUGCAAGACCGGGCGCUUGUCAGCAUGAUUUCUCGUGUCGUAGCCAAGUUCCCUCGUCUACCUAGCGACCCCGCGAUGCCGUCGCAAGAUGAGAUGCUGGGAGUUAGCCGUCAAACAAUUGGUGUGUGGAUUGAGGUGGUAUACAAGCAUCACGACCGCGUGGCCCUUAUGCGGCUUCAUGCCCUUCACGACCUUCUUUACACCGCGUCAGAGGCAUCCUUACGUUCUGCGGACUCGGACUCGGUCAUUGUGGGCACGUCCAAUAUCGAGCUCAUCACGCUGCCGACCGCACAUACGCUUCCGGAAGCCAUCGCGCAGUGUGAGAGCGGUUUGGUCGCACGUAUUCGAGAUGCCUACGGCCCGCCCGACGGCAAGAAAGGCACGUCGAAGAACUCAGCUGUUUGGGCGCAGUACAGAGGGCGCAUUACUCGUCGAGAAAGGCUGCAUUCCAUCUUGCAGCUGGACUUCCGUGGCGACAAGGAUUGCUUCCUCGCGUUCUUCACGAAGCCGAAAGACUCUGUACCUCGUCAAGGGGCGAAGCGGUCUCACGCGACCAUGGAGUCCGCUGACACAGACACGCAUACUUUCUACGCUGUCAACGAUGUAGUGGAAGUGCUACCAAAGUGUCGAAAAGCCGUCGCGCAGGCCACUUAUGGGUUGGACGACGCAGAGAGAGCUGCAAAGUGGGGUGGAAUGAAUGAUUUCGAGAUUUGGCGUGCACUUGGGACGGAGCAGUAUGGUUCUCGGAAGUAG